AUGGCGCCUUGGAGGAUACGUGCUACCAUGGACGAGAUUGACGUUGCUCGUAGAUAUGCUGGACAUCCGACGAUAUUCUCUGUCCGAUUACACCAUGGUGGACAGUUUACAAAGUUCCCUGGAAGAAAGUACAUCAAAGGCAAGCAAAAUUAUGUUGAUUUACUAGACAUUGACACCUUUUCCAUUCACGACAUUGACGAGAUGAUGGAGGAACUUGGGCAUAUUGAUUCAGACGAAACACUACUCUAUUAUCAUUUCCUGAGACCAUUUGGCGAUUUGGAUUUUGGGUUAUUUGCUUUGGGUUCAGAUCAGGAUGUUCAUCAUCUGGGUACGUAUGUUGCUAACCAUAAGGUAAUAGAUGUAUAUAUUGAGCAUGGGAAAACAAAUUUACAUACUUAUUCUAUGUCCCCCAACCCUAGUAAGGUUAAAAUUGUUGAAAUUAAAAAGCCACCAGCUUGCUCCAAACAGUUGUUCUUGGAGUGGAAUGACUCUCCAAUUGAGCAUGAGAGUGUUCCAGACCUAACAGAAGUUGAGAAUGAUAGUCAUUUGGACAAAGAACCAUCUUUGGUCGACCAUAUUGAAUUUGAAAUGAAUGUAGAGAAUGAGGAUGAUUAUGAUGGUAGUGGACACAACAAUGGCAGUGGAAAUGAUGAAUUUGAUGAUGAUAGUGAGAGUGAAGAUAGUGAUUUUUUUAUUGAUGAGGACAAUCUCAUACACGAUGUUGAUGUGGAUAUGAAAGAUUUCCAUAUGAACAUUGACAAGGAUGUAGAAUGGGUUGGAGGUUCUUCUGAAAGUAAUGUACCUGAAGAUACACAACAAGGUGACUUAGAAGUGAUCAACACAGAGGUUUUGUUGUCUGGGUCUUCAUCAGAUGAGGCAAAUGAUGGUAAGCGAAGGAAAACUAUUAGGGCCAUACAUAGGGCUUAUGAAAAUGAUGCAUCUUUGGUUAGUGAGCCCUUCUACAUUUUUCAAACUUUCAGUUCAUCUAAGGACUUUAAGACACAAGUGAAACUACAUUCCAUAAGGACAAGAAGGGAAAUACAAUUAGAGAAAAAUGAUAAGAAUAGGGUUAGGUUUGUGUGUAAGGGCACUAUACCAAAUCUUGCUACUAAUGAAGAAGAGAAAUGCCCAUGGGUUAUAUAUUGUAGUAAGUGGAAGCGUGACAUAGAUUGGAUGGUUAAGACAUACACGAAGGAGCAUCGAUGUCUACAAACAAGGAAAGUCAAAGCAUGUGACUAUAAGUUCCUUUCAGAGCAUAUAGUACAAGUUAUUGAGACAAACCCAAAGAUUCCUAUUAGGGCUUUACGAGAGCAACUCCAACGUGAGUACCAGAUGGACAUUUCGCAUAUGAAAACUUUUAGGGCAAAGCAGCAAGCUUUAAAGCAUGUUCAAGGAUAUUAUGCCAGCCAAUACAGGUUGUUAAGGGAUUAUGUUUUAGAGGUACAAGCACGUAACCCAGAUACUACGGUUAAAAUUGAUGUUGAAAGUGAAGCGAAUCCAACUGUUGAGACAAGAACAUUCAGGCGUAUCUAUGUUUGCAUUGGAGCUUUGAAGCGAGGUUUUGCAGCGGGAAGAAGGGACUUUCUUGGACUUGAUGGAGCCUUCGUGAAAGGUCCAUAUCCAGGCCAAGUUUUGUCUGCUGUGAGUAAGGCAGAACAGUAUGUUGCAACAUUUUGUGGUGCUGGAAAAUAUCAAGUUGCUGGACCAUGGCAAGAUCAGUGUAUUGUGGAUGUAGGUCAACAAAGUUGUACGUGCAAAAGGUGGGAAUUAACAGGAAUUCCGUGCAAACAUGGUGUGGCUGCUAUUUGGGACAUGGGGAGGAAUGACAAAGAUGUGGGAAUCCCAGAAUCAUUUGUGCAUCCAUGUUACUGGUUAUCAAGCUGGAAAGAGAUGUAUUCUUUUAAGGUUAGUCCAAUCAAUGGAAGGUCCAUGUGGGAGAAGUCAGCUAUACCAACAACUCUGUUGCCUCCAAAAAAUCGUGUUCCCAUAGGAAGACCAAAGAAGAAGAGAACAAUAUCAAUUGUGGAAAAGGAGGACUUUGUUAGAGGAAACACAGCAUCAAGGGCCCAUAGAUCAGUAACAUGUACGAAGUGUAACAAUGUUGGUCACAAUGCAAGAACCUGCAAAGGGCAAAGACCAAUUGUUGGUGGGGGUGGUGGACAAUCACAAGUAAAAGGAAAAGGGAAAGGGAAGGCAACCACUUGA